AGCGUUUUUAUUGAGAAUUUAAACAGUUUUGGAAUCAGGGAAGUUCCAAGUCGCUGUGACGAAUCUGCAGUCGCGAAACACAAAACUGCGCAACUCGCCUUACAAUAACAGUCGUAACUCGAGACGGGGGGCAAAAUAACAUGGGAGUAACUUGCCAUGUAACACCGGAAGUAAUAUGCCAUAGCUUUUCUCGGGCAUGUUUUGACUGGUUGACAUAGGAUUUGGUCAAAUGUAUGGAGUUUUACUGAUGGUCUGAUGCAUCCGCCGGUCGCUACGGGUCUUUCUGGCCUGUGUCGAGUCACUGAACAUCUUUACGUGAGUAACGGCAGAGCGGCGAGUCGCGCCUCUCUGGUGAGUGCGAACAAAAUAACAUGCAUCAUAAACGUCACAGAGACCAAAAGCAGCAGUGCAGCUUUCCACGGUGUGGAGUACGUCCACAUUCCCUUGUCUGACUCACCGUCCACACGACUCGGCGACCACUUCGACGAGGUGGCAGAUAAAAUACAGCACGUCGCACAGAGUGGUGGUCGCACAUUGGUGCACUGCAACGCCGGGGUGAGCCGCUCAGCUGCAUUCUGCAUGGCUUUUCUAGUCAAGCACCGCGGUGUGGCUUUGUUGGAGGCACACGCUUGGCUCAAGACCUGUCGGCCCAUGGCGAGGCCCAAUAAUGGUUUCUGGAAGCAAUUAAUUCACUAUGAAGAGGAGCUUCGUGGGUGCACGUCUGUCCGGAUGGUAUCAUCGUCCAUGGGAGAGAUCCCUGAUGUGUAUGAAGAGGAGGCCAGAAAUAUGAUGCCACUCUGACAGCCUGCUGCUUCUCGUGUACUUUUCUUAUUGUGAACUGUGUCUACUUUUGCAAAAUUGAAGAACUGCAUUAAAACGUGCUUUUAAACUGCUUGGUUUUAAUCAAAUUUAACAUUCUGAAGAAUUUAACAUGCAACAUUAUGCACCGUGGUUUCUGCAGAAAUGUUCAGCUGGUUGUGCAUUAUUGUUCUCAUAUCAACUUCAGGCAGAAAUAACCACGACCUACUUUAUCAUUUUUCUCAUUUCAACUUCAGGCAUAACCACAACCUACUUUAUUACGCUUUCCAUCACUAGGUCCGUGAUGUGGGGCUAACGGGGAAAAACUCCAUCACAACUUUAAAUAUCAUAAAACCCUUUAUUUUUGACAACAGGGUGUUCCAAACAUUUUAGCCAGAUAUAUUAAAAAGUACGGCCAUACACAACCAGAUAGACUUUUCCUUCAUAAAUUAUGACCACUGCCAUUUGGAAAUGGUGUUCCUAGAAUACAAUGUCAAACUCAA